UGCUACCCUCAUUUUUGGAUUUUUUUUUCUCUUUGAAAUAAUUGUUGGAGAAAUUUUUUCUUGGUAAAUGAAGUUAUAUUACGAAUGUCAGCAUAUUCCACCACUAGGAGAUGCCUUCUACUUUUGGAGAAAUGCAAGAACAUGCAGGACCUGAAGAAAUCACAUGCAUUGGUUCUCACAACUGGUCUUGGCACCAACACCUUUGCUUUAAGCAGGCUCUUGGCCUUCUGCUCGGACCCACAUCGUGGCAGCCCUUUCCAUGCAUGGAAAAUCUUCCAAAACAUUCAACAGCCCACAAUUUGUAUUUGGAAUACAGUCUUGAAAGCAUUCUUACUCAAUGAUGAACUCAUCCAAACUAUAAAUAUAUAUAAGGAGAUGUUACAUAGUAGCAACAUUGCCCCUGAUAAUUACACACUUCCUUAUGUGUUAAAGGCAUGUUCUAGGCUGCAAAGCGCUUGUCUUGGAGUAUCGGUUCAUGGGCAUGGAUUGAAAUCUGGGCUUGCGUUUGAUUUGUUUGUGGGCAACUCUUUGAUUGUCAUGUAUAGUGAGUUUCGUAAUAUGGAAGCUGCGCGGCAAGUGUUUGAUGAAAUGCCUAGUCUAAGUACUGUUUCAUGGAUGGUUAUGAUUUCCGGAUAUGGGAAGGUGGGUGAGGUGGACAAAGAAAGACUGUUUUUUGAUUUAGCUCCAGUGAGAGAUAGGGGAAUAUGGGGAGCAAUGAUAUCUGGGUAUGUGCAGAAUGCUUGUUUCAAGGAAGGUCUUUACUUGUUUCGUUUGAUGCAGUGUGCGGAAAUAGAGCCUGAUGAGGCCAUAUUCGUGAGCGUUCUUUGUGGUUGUGCUCAUUUGGGAGCUCUGGAUGUUGGGGUUUGGAUUCACAGGUACUUGGAUCGUCUUGGGUUGCCGUUGAGCGUUCGAUUGGGUACUGGUCUUGUAGACAUGUAUGCGAAAUGCGGGAACUUGGAUUUAGCUAGGAUGGUUUUCGAAAAGAUGCCGCAGAAGGAUACUGUUUGCUGGAAUGCCAUGAUAUCAGCAAUGGCAAUGCAUGGAGAUGGAGAUACAGCAUUCGAGUUAUUUGAAGAGAUGGAGGAGGCUGGAGUGCGACCGGAUGACAUCACCUUCAUAGCCAUUUUGACUGCCUGUAGUUAUUCAGGCAGGGCAUAUGAAGGUAUGCGAAUGUUAGACAGAAUGUGUAGAGUGUACCAAAUUGAACCAAAAAGUGAGCACUACGGAUGUAUAGUUGACCUUCUUAGCCGAGCGGGAUUGUUUGAAGAAGCAAGUAAAAUGAUUCAAAGACUUGCCACUUCAAGUAACCGCUCUGAAGAAGAGAUGGCGUGGAGAGCAUUUCUCAGUGCUUGCUGUAAACAUGGGCAGUCUCAACUAGCAGAGUUUGCCCCUGAGAAUCUCUCUCAGUCAGAACACGAAAGCGGGUUUUAUGUUUUGCUUUCAAAUUUAUAUGCAUCUGCCGGAAAAGGAUGCGAUGCCGGGAAAGUGAGGAAUCUGAUGAAAAACAGAGGAAUAGAGAAGGUACCAGGAUGUAGCUCUGUUCAAAUUGAUGUUACAGUUCAUGAAUUCAUUGCGGGAGAAAAGAUACAUCCGCAGAUGAAAGAAAUUCAUUUGGUUUUGGAGAAGAUAAACAAGCACUUGUAUUAUCCAGAGUGCAAGCCAUAUUAGU